GACAGAUUAACCCAUGGAGCCAAAACUGUGCAUCCCUGUCUAUAUUACAUGCAGUAAAUUAGGUGAACAAUAAGACACAUUGCUUAAAGCUGUUGUACUUUUAUUUCCAUAAAAAGCAACACGUUUCCGUUUCUUUGUUAAUAACAGGUACUUUACAGCGAAAGGGCGAUCGGUUUUAUCCUUUUUGGCACCACGGGCUGCCGUACUCAAGCAAUUGCUGAUAGCAAACCAACAGUAACCGACAGCACCUUCCCGAACAGUUAACGUUAGUUUUCCUUUUCGAAAUGGCAUCGUCUGCAAUGAUCACCGUCCCCACCACCGCCUCCCGCUUCGCCUUGCUCCAGAUAGACUCGGAUUCGGACUCCGACGCCUCCGAUGCGGGAAAGACCACCACCAAAACCGGACCGAAGCCCCGACAAGGGAAGGCAGGCGCAGCCGGGGGGAAAGCAGCUCCGUGCAACGACAAGAAGAAAGACAAGAAAAAGAAGAAGAAGGAACAGCAGCAGACUGAGGCAAAUGAGUUACGUAAUCUGGCCUUCAAGAAGAUUCCUCAGAAGUCUUGUGCCCCGCCUCCCUCUAUGACCCUGUCAGGAAUAGCCGGUGAACUUCUCAGUCCUGCAUCAGGGGACCACCCUAUACCUUCAGAGGGGUGGCAGCAGUGGAAGCAGAGGGAUGAGCAGAUAACCUCUGAGCUUUAUGAGGCUGACUUGGAAAAAGCCUUGAUUCUAAGUAAACUGGAGUAUGAACAAAACAAACCGCUCAACAACACAAACGCAUCCUCACAGAAGGCACCAGGAGGAAAAGAGGGCGGAGGGAAGAAGGACAAAAAGAAGAAUCAGCAGGCAAAAGACAAAAAGACAGUUUCACUGCAGGACUUCCAGGCUGAAGGCAGUGCAGAGCAUUUGAGUAAGAAACAAGAGAAAGAGGACGGCAGAGUGGCUAACGUAGCGUUGAGAAUUGGGCAGGAGGAGCGUUUUUUUAAUAAGCUCGAGGAUGACGUCACUCGGAUUGUCCAACAGGAGAAGAGACGGGAGCAGUACACCAACAGUCACGGACAAGAAGUCGCCUCAACAGAACACGAACGGGACCCCCGAGCAGAGCAGCUGAAAUACGAUCUGGAGAAGAAGGACCAGGAAAUCGAUAAGCUAAAGAAGAACAUCUCACAGUGGGAGGGGAAAUACAGAGAUGUAAAAACAAGAAAUUCCCAGCUGCUUAAGAUGCUCCAGCAGGGAGAGAUGAAAGAUAAAGCGGAACUCCUUCUACAGGUAGAAGAGCUACUACACAUAAAAGAAGAACUGUCAUUACAGGUAGCGUCACUACACGCUGCCCUGGAACAAGAAAGGUCAAAAGUCAAAGGUCUGCAGUCAGAACAACCAAAACAUCAGAAGAGACAAAAAACAGCCAGUAAGUCAGGUGAAGUGAGAGAAGUUGCAGUGGAAACAAGAAAGGGCGGAAGGGCUCGGAGAUGGAUCUAUGAAUGUCCCAAAUGAUAAAGACCUUAAAAGCAAAAGCAAAUAAACUAAUGAACAAAUUACGAAAAACACAACUGAUCAUAAUCAGGGUUCUCCUUCCUUAUUUUUUUUUUUCUUUAGCUUGGACUCCAUGUCAGCAUAUAAUGCAUGCCUCCUUAAUUACACAAACACAGACACCACAGACACACACACACAGAGAAUACACUCCAGAGGCAGCAGGAUGUAUUACACAGCUGAACAAGGAUUACAGAAUCUUUUAAAAAAAGGUUAAGUUUAAACUUUGUGUUGAAAUGGUGGCUUGGCACAAUGUGCUGCCCUCUGAAGGCACAAGCAUUCAUAGUAGGCCUACUGUUGAAUACUCUGUCUGUUCUUUGUUUGGGUUUUAAUGCCAAAAUGACAGAACUUGACAUGUAUGUUUUUGUUUCUUUUCUUUCUCACAGUUAAGUAAAUAAAAACGUUUUCAGUUUC